AUCUCUGGCCCCACUGACACAAAGUUUUUCCCAACUUCACCAUUUCACGAGAGAGAUGGGAAGAUCGGCUUAACGUAAUUUUUUCGUUUCCUUUUAUCGGUCGUGUGGGCGACACUCGAUGGACACACGGCAUUUCGAUUUGCUGCACGCCCGUCAUCAAAAGGAGAAAUCAAAACGAGCUAGUUUUUAGUAUAUUUUUUCGAAUGAAUGACGUCUUUUGCCGCAGCCCUCUCUCGAGCAAUCGCCGCGUAACAAAAAGUUUUUAGGGCUCCCCUUUGGUGUGUGUGUGUGUGGUGCAUGUGUGUGUGUGUGUUUGUUUGAUUUUUCACACGCACUUACCUCACUCACGAAGCCCGAGUUUUCUUUCCCAUUUCGUGUGUGUUGUUUGUGUGUGUGUGUGUAUCCCCAGUUUAAUCCUGCCGUCAAAGGCAGAGAGUGCAACCGAGUGCAAAUCAGGCGCCAACAUGUCGACAGAAGAGCAGCAAGCGGAGGACAAGCGAAGCAGGCUGAGGCCCCUCUCAUUCUCUGGACUACCAACCAAAUGUCUUUCGCCCAGCAGUGCAAUCGCUCCCAUUCACUCUUUCCCAAUGGAAAAGUGGAAAAUAACUGACGUCAACAAUUCCCCAGGAAAGCUGCAGAUAUCCCCUGAAUUGGUGUAUGAUUUCACAGCUGAAGACCUGGAAGACAUGGGUGAAAUUGGGAGAGGAAACUUUGGUAGUGUCAAUAAAAUGCUCCAUAUCAAAACAAAUACCGUCAUGGCUGUCAAGAGAAUCCGUUCCACUGUUGAUGAAAAAGAACAGAAACAAUUACUGAUGGACCUUGAAGUUGUUAUGAGAAGCAAUAACUGCCCGUUUAUUGUACUAUUUUAUGGAGCCCUUUUUACUGAGGGAGACUGUUGGAUCUGCAUGGAACUAAUGGAUAUUUCUCUGGACAAGUUCUACCGUUUUACCCACCAGCGACUCAAGGAAAAGAUUCCUGAAUCCAUCCUCGGGAAAAUGGCCCUUGCAACUGUCCAGGCCCUAAACUAUUUGAAGGAGAACUUGGAGAUCAUUCAUCGUGAUGUCAAGCCUUCCAACAUUCUAAUGGACAGGCGCGGAAGCAUCAAAUUGUGUGACUUUGGCAUUUCGGGACAGCUGGUGGACUCGAUUGCCAAGACCAGAGAUGCUGGCUGCCGACCCUACAUGGCUCCCGAAAGGAUCGAUCCCCAAUCUUCCGCUCGAGGCUACGAUAUACGCAGUGACGUCUGGUCACUGGGUAUCACCUUGAUCGAAAUAGCCACCGGCAAGUUCCCCUAUCCUCACUGGAACUCUGUGUUUGAUCAGCUGACGCAGGUGGUGCACGGAGAUCCGCCCAGAUUGAUAUCCAGCUACAGCAAGAGCCCCACCAAUAAUGCGGGCUCCAAGAAUGGAAACUUGAUUCAAGAAUGUCCAUUUUCCGACGAGUUUGUCAAUCUUGUCAACACUUGCAUGCAGAAAGAAGCCCGACAGCGACCAAAGUACUCGAAGCUUCUGCAACAUCCGUUCUUGUUGGCCAGCCAGGCCGAGCAAGUCGACGUGAGCGCCUACGUCGACAACAUCCUACAGCGCAUCAAGACCCUCGGUUUGACGGUCGCCGACUUGCAAAUGGAUUAAGUUUACAACUACUUUUUUUCCCCCUAAGUUUUGAAUUUAAAAAAAAAAAUCCAUUUCUUGUUCCAUGCAAGGUUUUCCGGCUUCCAUCCAAAGAUUUUUUUUUCCUCCUAAUUUUUUCCUCCCUUUUUCCCUCAUCUUUUAUUGGGGAAAAAGAAUUAUGAUGCAAAACAUAAACAACUAAAAAACAACAACAACAUUUCGUUUAUAGGAAUUUUUUUAAUUUGAUUCGUUGGCAAAUGUUUGAUAUCGACGGGGCAACACACACUUGAUUGGAUUAAAUUUCCCCUCCCCUUGUCGGCUCUGCCAGCCUCAAUCUGAACUGACGAGUGUAAUUUGACAACUGUAAUGCAUACAUCGUAUGUACAUAAUUACAUAGUGAUGUUGUCCUUCAA